GAAAAUUUCGUCGGCUACACGAAAGUUCCUGUGGGUCUAGCAGGUCCUCUGCGAAUUCAAGGCUCUAAAGACACCAACGAUGAAUUCUACGCCCCUUUAGCAACUGUUGAGUCCCCACUAGUAGUUAGUUGCUCACGUGGAAGGAAGGCUCUCUAUCGCUGUGGCGGUGUUCACUUUCAAGUGCUUGGGGAAGGCAUGUCUCGCGCCCCUGUCUCUAUGUUCGCAGACACAACCGAUGCAGUUGCC